AUGCUGCAGGUGUGACCUUAAACACACACACACACACACACACACACACACACACACACACAAGCAAAUUAUGCAUUAAUUUCAAACCUCAAUGUCCUGUACCAACUGCCUGAAUCUAGAGAAACAUAAUGCAAUACAAUUCCUGGCAACUCACAAGUUGCCUACUCUUUAGAUUUGGUAUUUUGUCUCUACAUAUAUGUGAGUGUAUCUACACUACUGUUUCAGUUGACUUUAUAGUAGGUACUGGCUUCUUCAUUUGUAACAGCUACCUAUGAUAGGCAAGGAAGCACUUAACAAGAUGUCUUGGAGCGUGUGUGAAGAUAACACAUGAUUGCCUUUGUCUUCUGGGCUCAUCCCAAGAGGAGCUGGGAGGUCUUUCUCCACCCCUCAUUUCUUCAUGGGAGAUGUACCAGCCACCCUAUAUAAAUUUUUUAACAGAACACAGAUUCUAGGAAUCUGUGGCUUACCCCAACUUCCUUUUUUUAAAACCCUGGAUAUACUGCAGAUGAAAAUUAUCUCCAUUAUCUUAGAGGCUGCACUUUACAAAAUAUAAAUAUAUACAGUUUGGAGAUUUAUUUCAGAACAUUCUAAAUGCCAGGAAUGUUUAAUGAGUAAACCCAUGUAACAAGCAGUUUAGAGAUUUGGGGCAAACAGUCACCACUUUGCAGUAGGUUUGGAAAGGAGGAAGACUUGGCCACAUGUUCGGGCCACAAAGCAUUUGGCAGUCUGAGUUAGCGCUCCAGAAUUCCUUCUGAAAAGGACAAGGGACUUCCUGUCAUUCCGCUGGGUUUCUGCGUGUGGGACCAGCGUGGACGAUGUAAACUGUAAACAGAUGUAAAUGGAGAGGAAGGAGGCAGCUCCACUCGGGCUGAUCAGCCUCCCCCACGGGAGCUGGGGGCCGAACUCCCCCCCGGGUCUGUUCCGAGAUGGCUCAGCUCAUUGCACGUAUUUACUUAUGGAAAUCAAGGGGCGGGACGGGCGGGAGCGGGUGGAGGAGGAGUCUGAGACUGGCCCGCGGCCACAGUCACUCGUGCGCGGUGACCAUCAACCUCCUGAGCGCAGCAGCUGCCGGCCGAGGUCUAUCCUUAGCAUGAGAGGAGGGUCCCCGGGCACCGCGGACCAUUCAGACUGCGACCUCGUGGGCUGUCUCACCUACUGCAGUGUGGCAGAAAGAUGAGGUUUCGACAGUUCUUUUUAGUAUUUUUUAUUUUUAUGAUGAAUCUUCUACUUAUCUGCGGACAGAGACCAGCUAAUUUGGCAGUAAGAAGAAAGUUGCACAGACACAACUGUCUUCAGAGGAGGUGCAUGCCUCUCCAUUCACGGGUGCCUUUCCCCUGAGGAACUAAGGUUCCCACCCACGUGGAGGAUGAUAACUUCAGGCCGAGCAAAAGAUUUCCCUGGAAGCUUACCAACGGAUCAGAAGAAAGUCAUAUAUCCUACAGCCCUCAGCCUGUCUUUUAUCUAUAAAAAACUUCUCACUCCAAACCACUGAGGAGUUCGGGGUUUUUGAGUACCAGAAACUUUCAUUCUUGCUUGGCUCUGCAAUAAAUCUUUCUCUGCUUCAAACUGCA